UCUAGGUGUGCAGGUCAGAACACAGGUUUAUUCCUAAACUAGGCUAUUGUUCAGGCCACAGCCCACGCCGCUAAAUGCCGACCGUACACAAUUAUACCAUGUUGAGUUAAGGGUCACUCAUAGGAACAGAUCAAGGCCCCGAACAGAAGAGAGAGAGAUGAGACAGUAAUCCCUAUUUAUGCAUUUCCAUACCCCGCGGGAUUACCCAUCAUACCCCCCCAACCUUUGCAUCUGUCCUGACAUAUUUAACCCCUGCUAGUAGCCAUGAGAACCAUAACACACCCACAAACACAGAACACAAUACCGGGUCGUUACAGUACUUACUUCGCCACCAUGGCCUACUUAUUGCCCUUUUACCUCCCUUAUCUCACCUAAUUUGCUCACAUUGUAUAUAGACUUGUUUUUCUACUGUAUUAUUGACUAUGUUUGUUUACUCCAUGUGUAACUCUGUGUUGUUGUAUGUUAAGACUGGCGGAGAGAGUGCGUGGACGUCGGCGGCCUACUGCAUCGACAGGUUGUUCAAAUUCAUUUGUGGCUUGUUUUUCUUGUCUUUUUCUGUUUUGCAGGGUUCGUGAUUGUCGACAGGUGGACAGCGACUUCGAAGAGGAAACAACUGUCCUGGAUGAGGUCCAGUUGGAUGUGCUGCCAGUCCUCCUUGAUGUCCAGAAUGCUGCUAUCAUCCUUGAGGAUGUGCCAGAUGUGCAGAUUAUCCUUGAGGAGGCCACUGGCAAUUGGCAGUUGAUUCCGAUUAGCUUCAGCCACCUGUACUGUGGGCCUGUUGUGAUCAGGAACAAUGCCAGUCCGGUGGUUAAAGCUUGGAGAACUUUCCAGUUCAUCAGCCCCAUCAUCACCUACAUGCGUGGGGGAUCCCAGCAGGUGGUGGUGAGGAUGCACCACGUUAGUAGGGUGAGAGGCCUGGAGACUCAACUGGUGUGGGCCAUCUCCAAGGAGACAGCCAGGCUUAGUCCAAAGGGCAUCCCCUACUGUGCCACCAAAGUGCAGUCCAUCACUUGGAUCCAGCGUGUGGCUGGCAGGGUGACCCACUAUGCAUCUCACCUCCGCCACGAGACGUCUGUGGACGUGACGCUUGGCUGCUACCAUCAGACUGAUGUCUCAGUGGUGUACGCCACUCUCCACAUGGGGCUGGACGGGCUUCUCUCCUCUUCAGCGUGGUCGGAGGCUGCCUCCUUCUCUACGCCCACCACUCAGCAGUUCAUUGACCCAGAGCCUGAGGGCCACAACUGCUAUGAGGUCAGACGUUACACACACAUACUAUUGACUAGGAGCAUUAAGAUCCUUCCAUUGACCGAUUGUUUGUUAUGUCAUUGCAUUGGUCACUGAUUUUGAAUGCUUGUUUUGUUGUCGUAGGGCUGGGAGGAGGACCUGCUGCCUGAGGAGAGGGAGGUUCCUCUGCUAAAUUGAGUUCCUCUAAAUGUCUGUGUAGUCUGGGCUUGUCAGAUGCUGAAGGAUAGUGGUCAUAAUGCUGUUAUCGCCCAUUGACUCUAAUGGUUGACAUGCUCCAUUCCUUCCCUUUCACAGCCUCUACCUUACCACCAAGAGGGUGGAGGACAUCGCCCUGAGGCUCGUCUCCCUGCGCCAGGCCUUCACUGGGAGUGGACCCACUUUUCU